AUGCUCAGUGCGGCGAUGAGGCGUGCAGUGCAGGCGCGGAGUGCGGUGAUGCGCGCGGUGUACGUGCUGGCGAAGCAGUGCACCAGCGAGUUACCACCAGAGCUGUUCGCCAUCAAGCUGGGCCGCCACUUCGUGUCCUUCUAUGACGUGGUGACAGCAGCGUCCAUCCGCAUUGUGGAGCAGCCGUGGCAGCGCGUGCACGUGGGCGGACAGCCACACGACCACGGGUUCACGCUGGGCAGGGAGAGGCGCGUGGCGGAGGUGGAGGUGGAUGCAGCGGGGCAGCACAGAGUGAAGGCUGGUGUUGAGGAAUACUCGGUGCUCAAGACGACUCAGUCCGGCUUUGAGGGCUUCAUACGCGACCAGAACACGCUGCUGCCAGAGACAAGGGAGCGCAUCCUUGCCACCACAGUGCAGGCCACGUGGAGCUACUCGUGCGACCCCCUGUGCUUCAAUGCAGCCUACUCAGCGGCCAAGGCAGCCCUGACAGACACUUUCUUCGGCCCGCCCCAAGGGGGUGUGUACAGCCCCUCGGUGCAGCGCACGCUUUACCUCAUGGGCGAGGAGGUGCUGUCAAGAGUGCCAGAGGCGGACAGUGUGCAUCUGAAGCUGCCCAAUCUGCACUUCAUCCCCGUCAACCUGCCAGGCAUCGGCCUCAAGCAUGAGGACGCCAUGUACUCACCCACCAGCGACCCUCCUGAUAGCAUCGACACGUGUGUGGGACCCCUGCACACUCGCCCCCCACUUGCUUCACCUACUCCUCCCUGCACCCCCUCACCCUGCCCCCUAUCCCAUCAGUUUGAGGACGAUGUGUAUCUGCCCACCAGCGAGCCCCAUGGCAGCAUUGAGGCGUGUGUCUCCCGCAAGACAGCAGCACUUACAGCAAGGCUUUAA